CGAGCCACGAAAGAGCCAGAGGCAUAACAUCCAUCUCGUUCGAAAGCGCGGAGGUCCAGCCAAUCGUAUCUUGCACACAUUGUUCGUCACGGAUUUCCUACGGUACGGCUUGCUUAAUUCAAUUUGACAAUCACCACCAUUCGAUACAGUGCGAUGGUGUCCCUUCCUUCGCACCCAACCCGUCGUCGCCAACUCCGACGGGGGAAACGGAACAAUGGCGCCGCCGCUGCUGCUGCUAGAAUAUCUCCCAUCGUGCUGUACUGCUUCUGCGCCUGCUGCGUGGCGUCCUUCCUGGGCGUGCCAAACAACAAGGUGGAUGCCUUCUCGUUGGUACCGCCCACCACGCCCCUGGCAAGGUUCCAAACGACCACGGAACGGAAGGGCGCAAGCCGGGCGAGACACCGGGCCUUUGCGGACGCAAGCACAAAUGCCAACGCAAGCGCAAAUGCCGACUCCCCUUUGACCCUGCUCAUGGCGCCCCGUUCCCCGCAGMCCCGCCAGCCCCGGCGGAUGAUGAAGAAGCGGACGCCCAAGGAGGGCGACCGGCGGCGGAGGAGGAGGCACGCCUCGGAAGCGGGCGCGAAGGCGUCCCCCGGUGGGGUCGUGCCAAGGAUCCUCGGCAAGGGCGGAAGCAACGGCCGCGAGAGGAGCCGAAAAAGCGCUGCGGCGGCGAUCCGGUCGCCGCAAGAAGCAACCCAGCAGGAGUACCGCCCCCUCGUUCCCUCGGUGCGCCGGGUCAUGGGGGAAGACUACUGGAUCGAUCCGUCGGACCUCGAGAAGGAGCAGAAGCGCAUCGAGCAGCAGCAGCAGAAGCAGCGGGAAAACGGAGCCGGCUCCAGCAAGAAGGGAUACAUAUCCCAGGAGAAGCUCAUGACGGAGGUCAAGGCACCCUACCGGCAAAACUGGAUCGGCUACUUUUCGCUGAUGGUUGCGGUCUUGUCCAUCCUCGUGUCCCAGUUCCCGGAACUCCUGGAGCCCGCGCCGACCAUGCGGUUCCCGGAUCUGUAGGCGGGGCCUUUCGACACACCGAUCGGGGGUGGCUCGGCGGGGUUGCAUUGCAUUGCAUUGCAUUCCGUUCCGUUCCGUUGGUUCGAGUUUGACAGCUAGCGGUUGCGACAC